UAGGGAGGAGGCAGGUUGUGUGCGCUCUCUCUCUCUCUCCCUGACCUGUGUGCUGUGUUGAGGUGCUAAGUGCUGAGAAGGUCAUAGGGAAGAGGUCAGCAUCCUUCUCUCUGUCUCUCUCUCGUGUGCUGACUGUGUUGUAUUCGUGUUAAAUUUUAAAUACGAUAACUUUUUUUUAUUGUUUUAAGAAAUUUGUUUUAUAAGUGAUUUGGGAUUAAGAAAAAAGUGAUUAAGUGAAGUUAUAUGUACGACCACAACUACUACUUAUACUACUGUACUACUACUACUACUACUACUACUACUACUACUACUACUACUACUACUACAAGAUGAUGGUCGUAAUUCGUUCGUAAGAGGAGAAUGGUCACUGCAAUUACUACUACUACUUCUACUACUACUACUACUACUACUACUACUACUACUACUGCUGCUACUGCUACUAUUGCUACCACUACAACUACUGCACUUGGAUAAAAAUGAGCGGUGUUGCGUGAGGGAGAACUGGUGUUGGACGACAUGCGGCUACGGUGUUGGAGAAGCUAUCAUCCCCACCUCCACCUUCAGCACCACCACCACCACCUAAACCACCACCAAAACCAUCCUUGUCCUCACCACCACCACCACUACAGUCCCUUCCCAACCACCACCGCCACCACCUUCAUCACCGCUAAAUUCAUCACCACCACCACCACCACCACGAGUUUGUUCUGUCCAAUGAGGUGAUAGCUAAGGGGUGUUAUUUUCUGCACUCAUCACCACUAUCACCAUCAUCACCACCACCUCCUUCAUCACCACGAGCACUAUACCCACCCUUACCCCCUCCUCCUCUCUCCACAUACAUUCAUACAUACACACACAUACAUACAUAGAGUACAUACAUAUAUUUAGAAGCACAACCUCAUCAAAUAAUAUAUGUAAAGAGAGAAACAGAAAAAAAUCAGAAACGUAUAGUUAAAAGAAAAAAUAAUAAAAAAGAUGAAAAAAUUAUUAUAUAUAUUUAGAAAGACACAAAAAUGAUAUUAGAAAGAGAUUUAUAUAUUUAAAAAAGUGAGAAAAAAGAUAUUAAAGAGAUAUUUCUAUUUUUAGCGGUAACCUUUGUAUUUUGGAAUAUUAAUAAUAGUAACAAUCAUAAUAGCAACUAGUGCCCCAUUUGCAUAGAUAUUUUGUAUACUCUCCCCAUAUAGGCCUACCCUCCUGUCCCCAUACAUAUAUAUACAUACAUACAUACAGACAGACAUCAUGGCGGGCAUUAACAGAAAUCUGGUGCUCCUCAAACUCCUCCUCUUCACUUUUUAUGGAGCGCUGAGUUGCCUGAUGGCGUUCCUCAACAUCCAUAUGCGUUUUCUGGGCCUCAGCAUUCAGGAGAUAACGUGGAUCAACACCGUGCUGCCGCUCACCUCCCUGAUCGGCCCGCCUCUCGUGGGGAUGCUGGCGGACAAGCUGGGACGCUACAGACUCAUCACCAUUGUCUGUAUGCUAUUAGCGACCGUCCUCCACGCGGCCCUCCUCUUCGUGCCAUCCUGCAAUAUUUCCACCAGCCAGGCAUCACCGCUGACCCUGCACUGCUCCUCCGAGGGUGCCAGGCUACAGCUGUGGUCAUGCCCCGCCUCCUGCAAGAGCCCUGUGCCCAUACAUGCCUCGGCCUUCAGGGUCGACAGCUGCCAUUUGGUGUGUCCCGAGACCGUCACCGCCCUCGCAUCUGUCGGAGGUGGUGAUGGGGUGGUGGUGAUGGAGGGGGAGACAGGCAGCCUUUCCAACACCACCACUAAGUCUUCCUCCUCCUCCACCUCCUCCUCCUCCAGACAGCUCCUCAUGCUUCUCCGAUCUUCCGAGGGAGCGACCGAGUAUAUUGCGUUGGCGGGGAAGCAGCUCACCGUAGCAUUCAACACGUCACUCAUGCCACACGAACAGCAGACAGGGACAGCAGAACAGCAGGAGGAGGAGGAGAAACAAAGCAAGCAGGAACACCCACAGCCGGAAGAGCAGAAAGGACCAUCGCCUUGUCACUACCCUCUCAAGGAUUUCACCAUGCAGAAUACUCACUACUCGUCCAUGUCCUGUCGCACCCAAGACCCAGUGUGUGAGGUGGUGUGCAGUGCGGCUAAGAUGGGCAACGAGACACAGCUCCUCGACACCUCCUCGUGCUGCGACCCCAAGGUGACACUCUGGCUCUACUUCAGUCUGCGCUCACUGGCUGAAAUGCUCUCGGCCAUCCUAGUGUCACUCCUGGAGGCCGUGGCGCUGACCAUGGUACACCAGCACAAGGGGGACUAUGGCAGGGAGAAGAUGUUUGGCCUGAUUGCUGUUGCCAUCUUCCCUCCCCUGGUCGGCUAUCUGGUGGACACGGAGGUGGGUACGUUCGGCAUGUAUAGCUACGCGCCAGUGUUCUACGUGUUCGUGGCGCUCAUGCUCAUCACCUCGGCUGUCACCCUCGCCCUGCCCAUAGAGGUGCAGGUCCAGCGACGCAGCCUGAUCAAGAACUUCAUCGCUCUCGCACGAACGGCUGAGCUCAGUGUCCUCCUCCUCCUAAUGACAAUCCUGGGUACCUUCUGGGGUUACCUGAAGACCUUCGUGUACUUCUACCUGGAGGACCUGGAUGCCACCAAGAUGCUCAUAGGCCUAACCUCCUCCUUUUGCAUCCUCCCCUCGCUGCCGUUCCUGUACAAGAGCAAGGCGGUGGUCCAGUACUGCGGGCACCAUUACCUCAUCAUGCUGGCUUUCGUGGGUUACUGUAUCAGAUUUGCCGGUCUCUCGUACAUCGUGAAUCCGUGGUGGGUGUUGCUGCUCGAAACCCUGGAGCUGUUCACCCUAAACCUCCUCAAUGUUUCCACCGCCACCCUCGCCUACAAGCUGGCCCCCAAAACCUUUGUAGCGACUGCCCAGGCCCUUGUAUGGGUGUCGCACUUCAAUAUAGGUCGCUGCAUAGGAACGUUCGCGGGCGGCCAACUCCUGGACAUCUAUGGUCACGUCCCGGUUUUCCAGGGGGCCGCCGUCAUAGCCGCCACCUGCGCCGCCGUCUACCUGGCCAUACACCAGUUCAUGAAGCACCUCAAGGCCAGGCAGACCGUCGCCCAGCCCAAGCCUCAGGCCACCAGGGAGAACGGUAACAUCGCCAAUGGCCACUAUACGCCCCUGCAGGUUGCCGACGAUAAGUUUUGAUGAUGAGCGGAAUACUAGAUGCACGCAAGUUACCACUGUGGCUGCCCUGGGGUCCCUCAUUCUCCGUGGCUCUGUGAUACCUUAGGCCGAACCACCACCACCACCAUUACCACCACCUGUUGACAAAUUUUUUUCUCUCUCUCUCUUUUUUUUUUUU